CAUCCUGUUUCCGUCACUUCCCACUCUGUGGAGUCAAAACAUACACCGUCAUGUGAUAGACAAAAAUCCCAUGACUGCAAUCAUGGAGCAGGAAUUCUAACACCGAAUCAAUGGCUUCAAGUUGCAGAAAAGGAGAUUCCAUACCAAAAAACUUUCUGACAGUGAGAGCUGUUUGACAGUGGAAUGGUCUCCCUCGGGAGGCUGUGGAGUCUCCUUCCUUGGAGGUUUUAAAGCAGAGGUUAGACGGCCAUCUUGUCAUGGAUGCUUUAGGAUUCUCAGAAUUCCUGCAUUUCAGGGGGUUGGACUAGAUGACCCUUGGUUCCCUUCCAGCUCUUAAAAUUCUAUGAUUCUAUUAUUCAAGGACCUUCUUGAUAGAAACACCCUGGGUGGCUUCAAGAGGAUGGCUGAACACUUACUUGUUACUUCUGAGUUAUUUACUUCUUCCUACUUAUUUGCCAGUGAACACACAUAGGAUUUCACUUUUAAAAUUUUAACAGAAACAAGCUAAUUUAAAAAGGGAGCGGGCUGUUUUUCAAGCAGAGUGUUCGCCAUUACAAAGGAAACUCUGAGGAAAUGGGAGUUUCCAAGGAAGCCUGAAGUUCUUGCCACUGUUUGAAAAGCACUGUCCUCCUCAAUUUCUGCCUUUCCAGCCUCUUCUAAGCCCGGAUGUUAAAUUAACGUUAAUCACAUGAAGAAGGCUGCUCAUUAGCGGGGUGGAAAACUUUAAAAGGGACCCUCUGCCUAGCCCAGUCAGGCAGUGCAAGAGCCAGAGGGACAGGAUAAGGCCAAAGAUGAAGGUCCUGUUUUUGGUCAGCUGUGCAACCCUCCUUCUCCUUCCAUCAGGAUCCGCCUUGCGAUGCUACACCUGCCUGUUUCCUACCAUCUCCCCGCUGGACUGCCUGAAGUUCCCCACACCCUGCGGCCCGUCUCAGAGAUGCCUCACGUCCGUCAUCAGAGGGCACAGAGGUGCCCUGGAACUGGUUAUCUAUGAGAAGACCUGUGGGGAUUCUUCGAUGUGUGGGGCCCACGGCACCCGAUCCAUGCUGGGAACCAAUUUCACCUUUUAUUCUUCCUGCUGCGACACUGACCUGUGCAACUCAGCUGCCAGGGGGCCGAGCCUUUUCUGGGGGCAAGCCGCCCUGAUCCCUCUGUCAAUCAUCCUGGUCAACCUCCAAUGAGAGCCAACCCCCAAAGCAGCUAUGCCCCAGGAUGUGAGACGACUCGGGACCAGUCACCUCAUACCGCUGCUUUCUCUCGGCCCCCGAUAACCAAAAUGCUCUGGAAGAAGUCUAAAUAACAACUUUCCUGGUUUCACAUCGCUUUUUUCAUCUCUUUCUUUGGGUUAUCUUCUUAACUGCAAUUUGUGCACGGAAAUUUAUUUUAAACCACCCCCCUCCCCAUAACGCACGCACAACUUUAUCCAGCUAUCUGAUGCUACAGUUGGCUUUGCAUUAAAAAGAAGAGGGGGGAAAUUUGGUAGGAUGGUAGAAACAGAGGGACACAAGCCUCUCCUCUUUCUUUGCCUUUUCUGUGCUUUCAAAAUUCAGAGUGUAAGCUGCUUGGGGCAGAGCCCUGUUUGUUUGCUGAAGCCUUCCUUACCACAUGAUUUGGACUAUAAUUCCCAUGGGAGUUGAAUGAUAGAAUUGUAGAGUCCAACCCCCUACGAGGGAGGAAUCUCAACUAAAGCAUCCAAAUCUAAACCGCGUUGAUGUCGUCGUCCCCUUACAAUCAAGUGGUAUAUAAGCUUUAUGGAAUAAAUAAAAUGAAUGAAAAUAAAUGAAA